CCACCCUGCCAUCGGAGGGUACCCUCCUGUACCACCUUGCCACCGGAGGGUACCCUCCUGUACCACCCUGCCACCGGAGGGUACCCUCCAGUACCACCUUGCCACUGGAGGGUACCCUCCUGUACCACCCUGCCACCGGAGGGUACCCUCCAGCACCACCCUGCCACCGGAGGGUACCCUCCUGUACCACCUUGCCACCGGAGGGUAUCCUCCUGUACCACCUUGCCACCGGAGGGUACCCUCCUGUACCACCCUGCCAUCGGAGGAUACCCUCCUGUACCACCUUGCCACCGGAGGGUACCCUCCUGUACCACCUUGCCACCA